UUUCCUACAUCUGAUGGAUUUAUUGAUCCUGUUCCGGUAAGCAUUGAUUCAAGUCCUGCAGUAUGUCCACAGGGGAAGUACGGAGAGCAGUGCGAGUAUAAUUGUCACUGCCUUGUUGGUACCGAGUGUGAUCCUCAUACUGGAAAGUGCCCUGACGGCUGUGCGGCUGGUUGGUCCGGGGCACCUUACUGUCAAGCUGAAAAUGUUGCCCUGCGCAAGAAGACAUAUCAGCAUGGUACCUACAUGGGUUGGAACUCUUCUCGUGCAGUGGACGGGAACCCGGACCAGGACGGAACGUACGGUUCCUGUGCCUGGGCCCAUAACAAUGAAGAUGUUUUCAAAACAUGGUGGAAUGUAGAUCUUGGUGGGACGUACAACAUCAAAACAAUAGAAGUCUUUUUCCGCACGGACGAUGCUAUGUCACAGGCUCGACGUGCAGGGUUACGAGUUUAUAUUUCUAAUAGUGUUGAGGAGGCAAAGAACGAAGGCCUGUGUUACAUAGACCAGAUGAGUGAUUUUGUGUUUCCCCCGCCACACCUCAUAUUGCGCGAUGGAAGUUUAGCAUGUACCCAGCGGAAGGGCCGCUUUGUUAUUAUGUAUGUUGACCGACCAACACAGACGCCGAUCCGAAACUGUCCAACUCAAACUCUGUACUCGUGCUGGGCAAAUCUAGAACUGUGUGAAGUUCAAGUCUACGCUUGUACAAAUGGAACAUACGGGAAAUUGUGCGAGAACAGAUGCCAUUGUCAAGAUGAAAUAGGUUGUGAUGCAGACACUGGUGUCUGCACGGGUGACUGUCAGGCCGGCUGGGAGGGCCGGAGCUGCAACACGAAAUGCCAAAAUGGUCAGUAUGGAAUCAAUUGCAAUACGACUUGUGGCCACUGCUCGGACCCGUUUUCAUCUUGUGACCGCGUGACUGGCACGUGCAAUAAAUGUCGACCUGGAUGGAUAGGGGAUAAAUGUCACCAAGCUUGCGAGGCGGGACGGUACGGUCAGGAUUGCCAGAGCACCUGUGGUAACUGUAUUGGGACCUGUGACCCAAAGACAGGGGUUUGUUCUCUCGGCUGUAAACCUGGAUGGGUUGGUUCGAAGUGCAUAGAAGUUUGUAGCCCGGGAACCUAUGGACCGAGCUGUGAGUCCCAGUGUGCAAACUGUCGUGAAGGAGCAGCUUGUCAUCACGUGACUGGAAACUGUCCAUCAGGAUGCGCAGUCGGUUUUUUAGGAGAACGAUGUAACAAAGAAUGUUCAGCCGGAAUGUAUGGUCAAGAAUGUAUGCAGACAUGUGGAAAAUGCAAAGACAAUGUGACAUGUGAUCACGUGACGGGGAACUGUCCAGCAGGUUGUCAAAACGGUUGGAAUGGUGAAACAUGUCAGCAAGUUUGCCCUAGUGGCUUCUACGGCCGCCAGUGCACGGGAGAAUGUGGAUUCUGUGUUGGCGGAGAACCAUGCAGCCACGUGACAGGCAUUUGCACCAAUGGUUGCGAAAACGGUUGGAACGGGGAUAAAUGUAAAAAUAGGUGUUCGCCAGGUCAUUUUGGGUCUGGCUGCGUUGCAGUUUGCGGCUCGUGUAAAAAUGGCGAGUCUUGUGACCAUGUGACUGGAGAAUGUAGUAAUGGUUGUGGGACGGGCUGGAAAGGAAAAUCAUGCAACGAGGCGUGUCCGGCAGGAUCUUACGGACAGGAGUGCAGCAGUUCUUGCGGUUUCUGUAAAAACAACACGUCAUGUGAUCCAGUAGAUGGCAUUUGUCCGCAAGGAUGCCAACCAGAGUAUUACGGGGAGCUUUGUGUUCUUGCAUUGUCAAUCCCAGGCGAGGAUGACACAACAGGUACUAGCAGUGUAGGAGGAAACAAUCCUGAUCUAUCUAUUCUGAUUGGCGGGGUCCUGGCUGGCGUCGUUGUUGUCUUCAUCGGAAUUAUGUUGUUUGUCGUCAUCAGAAGAAGGAAGAGAAACCGCCUGCCGACAUCAAAACUACAAAGUCGCCGAAACACUCACACAAACGUAGCCAUUGUUACUGAUGAUGGACAUUCUAUCCACACGGCAUCUGCAGCACACUCUCCCACACCGAGUAGGGCUUCCAGUCACGCCACCAUCAAAACUAACUGCACACAGUCACAUGUAACAGUGGAUGACCAGGAGGUAUUGUACGUGAACCUGAAGAAGAAGAACCCUACACCACUACCCCUGGCCGUACCAUCACCGAAACUGUCUACAUUCCAAAGAAAGAUUGCACAAAACGGAAGUAUAGAGAUGGAGCCCACCUAUUAUAACACUAAGACAGAUUUAGGCGCACAGAAAUCUGGGGUACCAGUCAAUGAAUUCAGCAAGUACCUGAGAGAAAUGGAAGCAGAUAAAACACGAUUUAAAGAACAAUUUACGCAAUACCCGCAUGGUUUAAAGUACCCACAUGAGGCUGGAAAAAGACCGAGAAACAAGUUCAAGAACAGAUUUGCCCAAAUGUUCCCAUAUGAUCACAGCAGAGUUGUUCUAGAUGAGGAUCCUACAGAACCAGACUCGGAUUAUAUCAAUGCUAACUUCAUAGACAGCGUCGAUUAUCCUAACUGUUACGUGGCAACUCAAGGACCAAACAAGAUAACACUGAAAGAUUUCUGGCAAAUGGUUUGGCAGAAUAAAUCUGGCAAAAUUGUCAUGCUUACCAACCUAGUGGAGGAGUCAAAGAAUAAAUGUGAGCGAUACUGGCCAAAUGACAGAGUUCCGCUAACGUUCGGUGAUCUCCAGAUAAGCUUAAAUUCAAGCCAGGAGCAUCCGUUCUACACACUCAGGGUGCUGACGCUCACAAGCGAGGAGAGCCCAGAAGAUAUUCGGAUGAUAAAACAGUUCCAUUUCACAGCCUGGCCAGAUCACGGUGUUCCGGACACGUUUGAGGUGGUAUCAUUCUAUAAAUGUGUUCUACGCACGCCAAUAUCAUUACCAGGGCCUAUGGUCGUACAUUGCAGUGCUGGUGUUGGAAGAACAGGUACAUUUAUAGCACUGGACGCUAUGUACCAUUAUGGGAAACGUGGAGGCAACAUAGAUAUUCCUGCGUUCGUUCAUAAAAUGAGACAGCAAAGAAUGAACAUGAUACAAACUUUGGACCAGUAUAGGCUAGUUCACUAUGCACUCCAAGAGGCACUAGGGUACGGGGACACAACUCUCUCUAGGGCGGCAUUUCACUCGGAAUGCCUCAGACACAUAGAGCUGUAUAACAUAGGACAGAAAAACAGGAUCGCAGAUGAAUUCCAGAAAUUUGAAGAUCUCAAACCAAAACUUGGUAAUGAGAACUUUUUAGCUGCAUUGAGAAAAGAAAAUGUUGAGAAAAAUAGAAAUUUGAACAUAUUGGCAGCUGAUCGUUUCAGACCUUAUUUGUCUACGUACGUGCCCGAUACCACCGACUAUAUCAACGCUGUGAUGGUACCAUCGAGAAACAACAAGAAUGGAUAUAUUGUAUCUCAACUACCAUUGAAGAAUACGAUUGUUGAUUUCUGGAGAUUGAUCUACGACCAUGCUUCUAAUGUUAUUCUCUCUCUCAAUGCCCUCGACGAGGACCAAGAGGAUGCAUGCGCGUGGUGGCCUUCUCUUGGUGACUCUAUCACAUUCGGACCUCUUAUAGUAGAAACGCUGGCUUUGGAAACACCAUGUGCGGAAGCGACGGAAAGAACGUUUAGGAUCAUGAGAAAGGGAAUCAAAGAUUCCAAGCUUGUAUAUAUGAUAACAUAUAACGACUGGAGUCCCGGAAAGAAUCUGCCUGGGUCUGUAGAAUCAUUGUUGGUAGUAAUUGGCAGGGCAAACCUCUACCGGAAAUCCUUCCCGGAGUCACCAAUCACCGUCCUUUGUUUGGACGGCGUGACGUGCUGUGGUAUAUUUAUAAGUGCUAACAACGUUAUAGAUCAAGUAAACCAGGACAAUGAAGUUGACAUAUUUAACACUGUUAGACAAAUACAGUUACGCCGACCACAGUUCAUAAGAAACAAGGACCAGUAUCUGUUUGUGUAUCAGUGUAUUUGUAGAUAUAUUGAAUCAAUGACCGUCUCCUCGCCUAGUGCUGUAUAUGGAAAUGUUGCUCCGAGGACGUAGUUUAAAGGAUCUACAGCAUGUCAUAGAAACCAAGCGCUUCCCGUAAAAUCAUUGCACCGAGGCCUGUAUGUUGGCAGACGUAUAAAGAAAGGUGUUUGAGUGUUGUUUGAUAUCAUAAUAGAAAAUAUUGUACAAAGAAUAAUAAACCGCUGCUAUCUGGUCAGUUGGGCAUGUGGAUAAAACGCUCAUCCUAUGUUGAAAUUAUCCUAUGAUAGAUAUAAUAGAAAUAAUGAUCAAACUUUAACAAAACUUCUCUCUAGUAGUUCAAUAUAUUGUAUUGUGAAUAUAUAACAUUGUAUGGAUGUGAUUACGUACCAGUUAAGUGAGCGAUUCAAAGACACACGUUCGUAGUGCAACACGGAUACCAGUUUAGUGAGCGAUUCAAAGACACACGUACGUAGUGCACCAGGAAUACCAGUUUAGCGAGCGAUUCAAAGACACACGUACGUAGUGCAACACGAAUACCAGUUUAGCGAGCGAUUCAAAGACACACGUACGUAGUGCAACACGAAUACCAGUUUAGUGAGCGAUUCAAACACACACACGUACGUAGUGCAACACGAAUACCAGUUUGGCGAGCGAUUCAAACACACACGUACGUAGUGCACCAGGAAUACCAGUUUGGCGAGCGAUUCAAAGACACACGUACGUAGUGCAACACGAAUACCAGUUUGGCGACCGAUUCAAAGACAUACGUACGUAGUGCACCACGAAUACCACUGUUAUGUAGAAUUGCUGGAACACGCUUGCUCCAUUUGUUAUACUCUAGUCAGGCGCGCACAGCUGAUAAUGUACUCUGUCAAAACGGAUAGAACAGUCGCGCAACGCGCAACCAUUCAUCAACCAUAUAUCAUCUUUUUGCUUUUGUUAGAUUUUUGUUGUAAAUAUGCAAAGCAUAAUUUAUAGGUU